AUGGAAAGCCUAGAGUUCCCCCCGCGUCUCUUCUCGAAAGGCGAUGAGCCGUCUCCGCUGAAAAGCAUCGGUUACUAUAGCGGUGAGACGAAGCUGAUGACUGCACUCGAGGAAGCACUCACACAAGAUGAGUGGGAAGAGAUAUUGAACUCUAGACUGGGAGUGUUCUUGAAGUUCAGUCAGCUGGAUUUCGGCUGGGCAUCUAGACUGGUGCAUUACAUUCUCGGCAUGCAGCUAGUUUGCAAGAAAAAAUUUGAGAUUUGGAGCCUCGUAGGUCUAAUCCUGAUCCGCUUUUCUUUGAAUGAGUUCGAACAUAUUACUGGCUUGAAUUACGAGUACGUGGACAACCUCGAGGAUCCGGUGGUUGAGAUAACUGAUGAGAUGCAAGAUUUCUGGGAGCGAUUGGGAGUCAAUCAGGAUUUGGGCCCGAGCACUGAAGAUUUGAUAGAAACUUGUAAGGAAUGCGGGUCGUGGUCUUCCGAGGAUCGGUUGAGGCUGGGAUACCUUAGCAUUAAUACUAGUUACAUUGAAGCACGAAAGCCAUCUUCAGCUACUCGGGCUAGGUUGGCAAGGCUUGUGAUGGAUUUAGAUGCGUUUGAAAACUACCCUUGGGGAAGAGUGGCCUUCAAAAACUUUAUGCGGUCGGUGAAGGAGAAAGAAAUUUGGAAGUCGUCGUACACCAUUGAGGGGUUUGUUCAAGUACUACAAGUCUGGGUUUACUUUGCUCUUCCCGACUUUGCUGCUAAAUUUGGUGAACCACUUCAAAACGACCCCAAUGUUCCGCUGAUAGCUUACAAGGGAUCCAGGGGGAGGAAAUUUAUGAAAGAGAAUAUGCUUCGACAGACACGCAUUAACAACUACGUUGUUAAGGAAUUCUUCGACAUGUUUCUGCGCUGGGAAGUUGAAGACAAUGAUGAAGAAGACGAGAGGACUGACAACAUCAUCAAAACGAUGUAUGGUGUGACCAAGUAUGUCAAGUCCGAAGGGUCUGUCGAUCUGAAGAGGCGAUCGGAAUCAGUUGGUGAUCAAGGAAGUCGGAAGCGGUUCUGCCCAGCCUCUGGUGAGGAAGAUGAGUCAAUGGUCACGAUUCUGAAGGACCACAUGGACGACUGCUUCAACAAGAUGAUGGAUGGGUUAAGUAGUUGUGAAUCUCAGAUCAAACUACUCAACACAAAGUUGGGAACGGUGGAGCAGAAAUUAGAGGUAGUGAUCCUCCAAGCUGGGACCGGAGGUACAAAGGAGGAUGUGGCUCAGACUGGUGAAGCAGCCGCCGAUGGCGCAAAACCUGUUGGCGACGAUCAAACGGACGCGGACGCCGAUCCUAAUAUCGGGAGUAAUUUUAUGUCUAAGCAAAAUGAACAAACUGAUGUCCCAAGUGAGAGCGUGAACGAUGGUAAGCAGGGAACUCCAGAGCCAAGGGUCGUUAUGGUUGAUCCAGCAAAAUGCAACAUCGACUUUGAUCAGGUCCAGAAAGAUAAACACGAGAAAGGCAAGGUGGCACAACUGGUUGCUCGUGCGAAGAGUGAACGUAUGCGAAAGUUGGCUCCUACACAACAAAGCCCUUUCAAACCCAACAGCACAGCGAAGGAAAUAAUCCCAAACAAAAAUGUCCGAGGGUGCGGAUAUGAUCCGUUUGAUAUGAAACACGUGAAGCAAAAGAUCGGUGUGCUAACUGAUUGUCUGAAAAAAGAUCCGAACUAUCCGAAGCGGGUAAAAUGGUCAUCCAUGGACUGGUACUUCAUUCUAAGAGUCCCAAAACAAUGGCUAGCAGACACUCACAUGGAAGCUAGGAUUAACCUACUCAGGCUGCGAUUUACAAAGCAUCUUGAGUGGUUUAGAUCGGACAGGAUAACAUUCCUCGACUCUUACUUUGCAACGAUGUGGAGGUACAAGUACAAGGAGUUCGUGGACUCUCACGCCAACCCUGAUGGUUCAGGCAAGCUCCUUCCAGCUGGCUCGUUCAAGUACUACACUGGCGCAGCGCCAACCUACUGCGUUAGUAACAAGACGUGGGGGUAUGAUGUGGAUGACUUGUACUCGAUGUUACACAUCACUGAUGAUCACUGGGUGGCAAUGUGGAUUUCGAUUCCGAUCAAGCAUAUUGUCAUUUGGGAUAGCCAUGCGAAUACUCAUGCAUCGGAUAUUCAGAUUGAGGCUGCUGUGACUCCGAUUACCGUCUUGGUUCCCUACAUACUCCGUGAGUGUGCACCUGCUGAAGACCGUAUUAAUCUGACUUAUGAUCCAUUCACGUGGGAGCGAAUCAAGGGGCAUUUGAUCCCACAAAACAAACAAAGCGGUGACUGUGGCGUUUACUGCUUGAAGUACCUUGAAUGCCAUGCUCUAGGGAUGCCAUUUCCGAAGACCUUGUGUGAUGCAAACAUUAAAAACGACCGAGACAAGCUGGCAGCUGAGAUAUUUGACGAGACAGGAGUAACUGGCACAGAGAAGUAUGAGUAUCCAUGGUUGGACGUAUACGAAGGUAAGUGA